AAGAAUAAAUCCAAUGUUAAGAAAAAGGCCCUUCUCUCCUCGCUUCUCUGUUCCGUUGGCUCUUCACUCUAAACUCACACCAACCAACUUUCCCUCUUCUCUCAACAAAUUAAAUAAAGAAAACAAAAAAUUGUUUACACUUGCAUGAUAAUUAACAGAAUAGUUCAAGAUAUUAUGUGGCCCCGGUCCCACAGCGUGGUAGGGGACGACGCCGACGGUGGAGGUUCUAGCUCUUGCUGCUGGGCCAACCUGCCACAGGAGCUGCUCAGAGAGAUUCUCCUUAAGAUUGAGGCGUCCGAGAGAGCGUGGCCUGCUCGGAGAAGUGUAGUCGCCUGUGCCGGAGUUUGUAGAAGUUGGAGGCAGAUCACUAAAGAAAUUGUUAAAGUCCCUGAACCUUCUGGUUAUUUGACUUUUCCCAUCUCUGUCAAACAGCCCGGACCAAGGGAUUUUCUCCUUCAGUGCUUUAUAAAGCGCAGCAGGUCCACCCAAACAUAUCACCUUUACCUCAGUUUAACUAAUGCACUGGCUGAUGAUGGAAAGUUUCUCCUUGCUGCCCACAAGUUUAGACGCCCCACCUGCACUGAUUAUAUCAUCUCUCUGCAUGCCCACAAUAUGUCAAAGGGGAGCAAUACUUAUAUUGGGAAACUGAGAUCAAACUUUUUAGGAACCAAAUUUAUAGUCUAUGAUGGGCAACCUCCUCAUGCUGGAGCCAAGAUGACAAGAAGUCGCUCCACUAGACUAAUGAAUUUGAAACAAGUUUCUCCGAGGGUCCCUCAUGGCAACUAUCCAGUUGCUCACAUCUCAUAUGAAUUGAAUGUACUAGGUUCCAGGGGUCCCAGGAGAAUGCUCUGUAACAUGGAUGCCAUUUCUGCUUCUUCUAUUCGACCAGGAGGAGUAGCCCCAACGCAGACAGAGUUCUCUCCAUGCAAUGUGGAUUCCUUCCCAUCAAUCCCACUUUUCCGGUCAAAGUCAAACCACUUGGAGAAGUUCUUAUCUGGACCUUUGACCAGUCAGAAAGAGGGACCACUGGUGUUAAAAAAUAAGGCUCCGAGGUGGCAUGAGCAGCUUCAGUGUUGGUGCUUGAAUUUCCAUGGACGAGUGACAGUUGCUUCAGUGAAAAACUUUCAGCUGGUAGCUUCUCCUGAAAAUGGACCAGCAUUGCCAGAACAUGAUGAAAUCAUCCUGCAGUUUGGAAAAGUGGGGAAGGAUUUAUUUACAAUGGACUAUCGUUACCCAAUAUCAGCAUUUCAAGCAUUUGCAAUCUGCCUUAGCAGCUUUGAUACUAAGAUUGCUUGUGAAUGACAUGUGGUUUUACAGCGAUUUCGAGGUUUCAUUGCAAGCUGCUAUGCAAUAAGAUUGUCAGAUGGGAGAUAGAGGUAUUCUUUCAAGGUUCUGAUGACUUUGCUUGAAAUUUGGCUAUGAUCAAAGUGUGAGAAGACAUUGAUCUUUCUUGAAGCCUAGAACGUUUGAAGCUUAGUCACCUGUCGUCCUCUGUAUAUUUUAUUUUGAUUGUGUACAUAGCUUCAAUGUUAAAGGUAAAAAUUGGCUUGGCUCUUUGCUUGUUUGCAUUUGACCCUAAUGCUGAAAUACCAGUUUAAUCUAAAUAUAUUGUUUUCUUAUUUCAA